GAUACUUUUUGAAACCAUUUAUGCAAAAACUUACGGCAUAUAUUUUUUAAAGUUUAUUUAGCAAUGUUUGCCUCUUGCAGUUUUUUCAUAACACUUACUGUCUCCAAAUAAAAAAUCUAUAGCAAUUCACAUCCAAACUAAAUUAUUUUUCAAUUUUUUUUGUCCUUGACAUGCAAUGCUUUAUAUUUUAUUUUUAUUUGUAAGUUUAAUGAAAAAAUUGCAGGUAACAAAAAAGUUUCUAAUAAAACCGUGUAUCGAAAUUUAUUAUUUGCUUAAGGAGAAUGAUGAAAGUAAGUCCAGGGGAUUACUUAUUUUUACAAAAUAAAAAAAUAUGCAGAAUGUAUGUUUUUAAAUUAAUAAUACCUCCGUAACAUUUUAUUGGUUUAUCUAUUUUAAUUUUUAAGAUAAGAAAUAAAACUCUUACUUUUCCGCCAUACUUGUAGUGUGAUAUCUCUCUAAUGCCUUUUGCCUUUUGACGCAAGGGUUUUAUAACAAAUAACCCUACAAGGAAACUCCCUUUAAAUUUUGAGGCACCUUUUAUAAAUAGAAUAUGUAAAUAGUGUAUUUAUACAUUUAUUAUUUAUAUACAAGUCAAACAAUCUAUAUUAUAUAAAUGAGCAAGAUUAAGGACCACCCCACUGUUAGCUAUCUCUUUCUACCUUAGAAUUUGCCUCACUUUUGUAACUAAAUGUAUAUAACGGAUGUGCAAAUGAAAAGUUAGUAAAUAAUAACGAGAUAACAUCCAAACAUUCACGAGGUAACGAAAGUUAAAUGGAAAAUUGCUUCCAGCCCGGUUAUAAUUUAACAAAAAAUUGCCGCGUCAAUAAUGCGCCCGCCAAUCGAACAGCCGCGGACGAAAUGGAUAAUAAAGUUUUCACAUUAAUUAUUUCGAACUGAAAAGUUCGCGUGUUUUCACCGGUAAAACUCUAUCGAUCGAAAUUCGUCCAGACAGUGGCGAAACCGCACUCUAGUUGACGGAUAUGGAAGGAAUUAAUUUUCAUUGGAAUAUCUCGCAUUUCUAACGUGGUAACUUGUAACUUGGAAUUAUCGCUCAUGGUAAGGUAUACUAGAUUUUUGGGUCCUUUUUAAAACGAAAAUUUUUUGAGUUACAGGCCGUUGAAGUUUUCAAAAACAAAAUAUAUUUUUCAGCAUAUAAAUUCGGCACACAUGUACUAUGUAUCAAAGGCAUUAUUUAGUGUAAAACUGGACACCUGUUUAUUUUGACAGACAUUGAUGGUACGCCACUGAUUUGUCUUAAAAUGAAAAUUAUUCUUACAAUCUUCAAUUAUUUCCAAAGAAAUUUGAUUUCUUGAUUUUUUCCAAUCCGAUAUACGGUUUUCGCUGAAAAAAAAAUCUCCUCUCGGCAUAAUCAUUUCGUUAAUAGGACAACAUGCAAAGAAUGAUUAUUAUCAUUAUUAUUUCUUACUUAAGUAAUUGUCUAACUGUUUUAUUAAAAUACUUGAAAAAAUCGAAGUAGGAAGACGACGUGUAUUUUUGAAAUCUUUAAACUCCUUUCUGUAAGAAAUAUUAAUUUUGUUGUUAAGGCGGUUGAUUGACAUCAGACUGCAAGAAUUUCAGAAAUUGAAGAAGCAGUUUUAAAUUCUAUCGAUGGAAAUCCUGAACUAUAUCUCACACGUCUCGGUUUGGAAAAUUUUGACGAUUUUCUAUUGUAGCCAUAUCAUAUUCAAGGAGUCCCCAAGCGUUACGACCAUAAAAUCUGUCGAUAAUCGUACAAAUGAUUUCGCAUUUUUUUUUUAUGUAUUUAAAAACGAAUUAUUCCAUCAAUCGAAUUUUCCAUAUAGUUACCGACAUUUUCUCUACAAGUUAAAUAGAACAUAAUAGAAACUCUAAAACUGACAAAAAAGUGUUUUAUAAUACAUAAAUUGUGUGUGCUUAAAUAUAAAGUAAAACAUUUUUUCAAAUAAACGUCAAAACACGACAAGAAAAGAACAUAAUACUUUGUGAAACUGCUAAAAAUUGAAAUACUAAAUUGGCUGGAAUACGCUAAAUUAAAAAAAAACUUAUUACGUUCCUUUGAUUUUUUAUUGUAUUCUUUUUAACCUUAUGAAUGUAUUUUGCCAAAAAUACCAUCUCUUUGUUGUAAACCAAUCUGAGCCUUUCGAAAUACCCUUUAUUGUUGUCUAUGACGGCAGUACCGUUUUGGCAUCACUUGACAUGCACAUGACAAACAAUUUUGUAACGGAUUUUCAAAAUCACCAUGUCUUCACAAAAUAUUUGCAUGCUAGCAUCCGAUCACUUAAUCAGCAGCGACGAAGAAUCAGGUAGCGAAAAAAUGCUUGAACUAGCGUGCCAGCAGACAUCUGAACCAUUACUAGCCGUACUGGACGACAAAAACAAAAUUAUAAAUAACUUGAUAAGGCAGAACGAAAACCAGAAAAUGCAACUUUCGUAUUAUCUAAAAAAAGAGUUCGGAUCGCACAGAAUCGAGGAAUUAUCACACUCGUGCGCGCCGCAGGCCUGCGAAAUCAGUCUAGCAGUAAAUUUGGCGCUAAACAAAUUUUGUCGGCAGGCAGGCCUCAAAACGAAAUUAUCUCGACUACACGAACGUAUGAGUCAGCUAGACUAUCAAGUAGCUAGCUCGUUAGGGGACCAGGAAUUCGUGCUCAGGAGAAUAGUCAGCAAUCUGUGCGAACAUGUUCGUCAACAGAUUGCAAAUGGAGAAAAACCGAUUUGGCGGUACUUAACUGCUUCCCAAGUGGACCUCUUCGAAAAAUUGCUAGACGCUACACUGAGUUUAAGGCGAACUUUGAACAAUUUCAGAAUUUGCUGUGACAGACUUAUCAUUGUUGAAGAGGAACGGAACAACGUAGCGGAACAAGUUUACUCGAUGCCUGUCGACCAGCGCGCGAACUGUAAUUAUUUGCUCGAGAUGGAAAUGGAAAAGGCGGAAUUGGAAAAGGAAAUUAAAAAAAUAACGCGACAUCACGUCGCAACCGAAGAAAGGGUUAAAGAAUUGGGCUUAGUAGAGGGACUGCUGUGUAAUUUGCAGUGGAACUUGAACAAUCCGCUACAAGAUAAAAACGAAGAGAAUCGAGUCGCUAAGAUGCUGCGAAAGAUAAAUCUGGAGGCGCAAGUUUUGCUUGAUACGACAGAGUCGCGGCGGCGAAGAUUAGAGCUCGAAACGUCAAAGAGCAAACUGCCGGAACUCGAACGGGUCUUGUUUUAUGUAAGGACUGCGGUCGAUUUCGAGACGUUAGACGAAAAGGGGUUGGAGGCGAGAGGAAUACGAACCGAUGCGGAAAUUGGUUUGUGUAAAGCAAUAAAAGAAGAGUUAAAAAAGGUAACAUGCAGAGCGCGACUAGUGGAGAACGAGGAGUGGCAACCAAAAGUUCAGGAAUGCGAAUCGCUUCAAGCGAAACUUCGUCAGAGUAUGACAGAAAACGAGCAAUUGCGCAGCCGUGUGAUGGCAUUAGAAUGCGAUUUGGAAGCGAUGAAAUUUCACCGAGAAAACAGCUUGGAGCGACUCCGAGAGGAGCGGGAUGUUUACAAAUCCCAAGCGGAAGACCUACGAAAGAUUAGGGAGGCUUACGCGCAAUUGGUGGACAAACAACCAAACGCUUCGAAAAUCGAACGAGAGUACUUAAAGGAGGUCGAGAAGAGGGACGAGAGGAUUUGCGAUUUCGAGCGGGAGGUGUGUCAGUUGAGGCAGGAAGCGAACGUCCUAAGAAAAAGGAUGUCCGACCAAAACUAUCAAGUUCCAUCCCUAAUUGACCAAGAUCGCAAGUUAUAUAAUCAACCCCCAACCGAGCAAACAGAAACCGCCAAACCAAACUCGUCAUCAGCUACACCAAGUACCGACAAUCCAGCAUUUUGGCCGUUAUCGGAAAAUCUUCCAACGAAAAAGGUGAUAAAAGGCUUUACCAAACCCAGUCGGCCGCACGCGACCUUAAAAACCGACAAUGCCAAACCAACGGACCAACAUUUUGCGCCAGAACGGUCCAAGUCUCCCACUGGAGAUUUUUUAGCGGAAUGUAACAUGUACUCCCAGCAGAUUAGCAGCAAAUAUGAUCUAGUGCGAGGAGUCCUUUCCACCAAUAAAACUGCCGUUGCUCACGUUCAAGUUAAAGGUUCGUCCACACUUCGCGUCGUAUGCAAAUGCGGAAUGGACGAAUCGGAAAUAUUCAGGGACUGUUCGAAUGAAUCGCUGAUAAUUUGGGGUACCAGAAUGUGACGGCGUUCAAUAUUACACACCACGAAAAAGUUAAAUAAAUUGAAUACU